ACUUCAUUCUCCAGAAUCUUUUGCAGCAAAUUAUACUUCGAGAAAUGCUUAUAUCUACAAGAUAACACUUAUACCUUGAGGGCAUCACCAUCUAGAAUCCCUGGUAUAUUCUUUGGCAGAAAACUAGCAAAUUAUCUUCAGGAAGAAGAUGGAUGUGGCAAAACUAAGUCAAGUGUUAACUAUUUUUCUUCUCUUUGAAAUGUCAGUAUUUGGUCAAUAUGAGAGUGAUGAUUUUGAGGAUGAAUACGAACAUGAAGUGGACAGUGAAUAUCCAUCUAUUUUCCAUCAAAUUCCUCAUGUAGAAUAUAACGUUCCAUACUCCACCAUAAGUGCUGAGUGUGCCAAAGAAUGCUUCUGUUCACCUACUUUCCCAACAACCAUGUACUGUGAUCAUCGUAAGCUUCUGACAAUACCAAAGAUUCCUGCUCACAUCCAGCAACUUUAUCUGCAGUAUAAUGAGAUUGAAGCUGUGCCUCUGGAAUCCUUUGUUAAUGCUACAGCUUUGAAAGAAAUUAAUCUCAGCCACAACAAGAUCAAGUCUCAUAAGAUUGACAAUGGUGUAUUCAUCAAACUUGCAAACCUCAUACAACUUCAUUUAGAAUAUAAUCAGUUAGAAGAAAUUCCAUUCCCAUUACCCGGAAGCUUAGAAAGGUUGAUCCUGGGUUUCAAUCAAAUUUCCAAGUCACACAAUAAAGCCUUAGAAGGGUUAACACAUUUAACAAUGCUUGACCUCUGUAAUAAUUACCUUGAGGAUUCCCAGCUCAAAGGAAUAGACUUUUCAAGUAUGAGAAACCUAAUGCAGAUUAACCUUUGUAACAACAAGCUACAGUCUAUGCUUCUAGAUCUACCACCUUCACUGAUGUAUCUUUCGCUUGAAAAUAAUUCAGUUUCUUCCAUUCCAGAUAAUUACUUCCACAAGUUUCCAAAUCUUACUGCUUUAAGAAUGUCACACAAUAAUCUUGAAGAAAUUCCUUAUAAUGCUUUUAUGUUCUCUAAUCUUCUGGAACUUAAUCUUGGGCAUAACAAAUUGAAACACGUUUUCUAUAUUCCAAGAACCCUACAACAUUUAUACUUAGAAGAUAAUGAACUAGAAGUCAUGAAUGUUACUUUAAUGUGUCCUACUAUUGAUCCACUAAACCUCAAACAUUUAACGUACAUACGAGUGGACCAAAACAAGCUUACAGCUCCAAUUAGCACCUAUGCAUUCUUCUGCUUUCCACAUGUGCGAAGCAUUUAUUAUGGAGAACAAAAAAUUAGCAAAGAUCAGCAAACACAGCUGAGAACAGCUGUGUUCCGAAGAUUUCUAACUCAAGAAGAAUAUGAAGAAGCAGAAGAUUUUCACGAAGAACAAGGUGAAAGCCAUGAUCACGAUUCCAGAGGAAGUGACAAUGACAACUACCUUGACCCUUACUUCUAUUAACAAUCUUAAGAGGUAGUAAAACUAUCAAACAAACAAAAAAAUAAUAUCAAGUACAAAAGAAAACGGAAUAAACUGGAAAAUGCAGUAAACCAUCUGAAGCAUAUCAAUAUAUUUUGUAGCAUAUAGAAUAUUUUUAUGCAGAAAAUCUCAAAAGCUAUGAAAAUAGUAUUUCUUAGAUCUUCAACCUAUUAAUAGCAGACUAUUAAAACAUUUUAAAUAUCAUAGAAACAUCCAAAUGCCAUCACAAUGUUAAUAUGGUAAUGAUAUCUAAAUCCUGAUAUAUUUGAAACUGCAAUAUGACACAUUACUACUAUCUCACAUAGAUCUUAUUUUUAGUUUGAAUACAUUUUCUAAGAGAAGUUACAGUUUAUUCAGAAUCCUAAUUAGGCUUGCAGCAAAACCAUUACAAUAGUAGAUUUUAAAAUCUUUGGUAUUUCAGUUAACAUGAAAUAUUGAAUGGUUGAGUGGUCAAGCAUUUAACUAUUUUACACUUUAUUCAUGAAAAAUUCAACUUUUCCCAAAUUCACUUAACAAAUAUGAAAUUAUUCAGGGAGCUAUCUAUUGACUCAGAAGAAUAAAUUGAAGUUAAUACUGUACUCAAGUGAAACAGAUUGCUAGUAGGUAAUAGGUCAAUUAAAAACCAUAAUUUGAAUCCAAAGAUGUAUUAAUUAUAUGUAUAAUAGAACAAUGAGCAAUCUUUUAAGUUGACAGGACACCCAGAAAUAAAAUGAAACCUGACUAAAAUCUUAAGAGAUCAUCAAAUUUCACAUAAGCUUACUAACUUUACUCCUGAGAGCUUUGCUAUCUCUCAUGAGAAAUAAUAAAACAUUCAUCCUGCUGCAUAACAUUUCAGAAGUUUUUGGUUCAUUAUCAUAAGCACCCUAUUUUAAUUUUUUUAAAUUUUCUUUUGCCUAUCGGCAUUAUCUACCUUUUGGGUUACAUAAAAUCAUUGUUGGUAUCAUGAGUACUUUACCAUGGGCCCAAUUCACUCUUGCUACAAAGUACAUUUCAAGUACAUUUAAUGUGUAACAAACUUAAUGUUUGUUACAGAAUAUAAAAUGUUAUCUAGGAUGCAAUAAAAAGAGAAUAUUUGUAGCUCAGGUUUGAUGCAGUCUACAUCAAUGAAACUAUCACUAAACAAGAACAUACACACAGACACAUAUUGCAACAUAGGGAAAAAUCAACAGACUUGGCUUAUUCACUUCAUCAGCAAUGCAAGGCUAUCAAAAAUGCACAAUAUUUGCAUUAUUUUAAAAAAUGCACAAUAUUUUUAAUCAGUAUUCACAUUUAUUUUGCUUUCAUAUAUGGAUUUUAACAAUAAAUAUUUAAAUAUAUAUUCUGUUUAUAAAAGUAUAAGAUGUUACAAAUAAAUUAUGAUACGAUUGAAAUACAUAGAUUAUUUUUGCCAGCAAAUUACUUUGCCUCUGUAUUAAAUUGGGUUAUUGAUAGACAGUGAUGCACCAAAAAGAUGGAAUUUUAUGCACCAAAAAGAUGGAAUUUCAUUUUGAUAAUCUUUAUUUUUCUUUUCUAAAUUCUAAACGUCAUGUUGUGCUCUUGACUUGAAAUACUACAUUAAUUCAUAAAAAUGACUAACAUUUAACAGAUAUUCUGUAUUCUUAAAGAUUAAUAUAAUGUACUAGUAUUCCACAGGGAUAAAUAAUUAGCUUCUUUUAUAUUUAUUGUUAUAUAAAGCUAUGAAUUAAAAAUUAAACAUAUCAUCCUUUUGGGAACAUUUCAGAAGACUAAUGUAAGAGCUAACAGCAAAAGAUAUUUUAGAAAAAUUGGAUUACAUAGUUUUAUUCCUAUUUUCCCCUUCCUUUCAAUUAUGUCUGGUACUUGGAGACUAUCCGAACAAGUCCCUGCAGUUUUCUUGGCAAAGCUUUUCAGAAAUUAUUUGCCUUCUUCCAAGGGCUGAAAAUGACUGUCCCAGUCAUAGUCUCUGUGUUUCUAGUCUGAUGCAUUAAACUCUACAGCAAACUGGCUUUUACUUAGAUGAUUCAAUAUUGUAUAUAAUAUCUCUAUAAUUAAGUACCUUUAAUUGAUAAUACAUGCCAUAAAUCGUUGUAAAGUGCGAAUGCUAGCAAUAGAUUUUAUUUACACUUGUGUUGUUUUAACAGCUUGGCUAAAUUAGCUAGUAUAUUUUAGGUAACAUUUUGGUUCUAAAGAUAUAGUCAUUUUUGUUUUAAAAUAUAUAUAUGAGAUAUAUCAUGUAUACCAAUAAAUCAAGACUUUAAAUGUUCUUCAUCCUGCGUGUAAUUUUCAGAGUAAAGCAAUUUUAUACAUUUUUUUUAAUUUUAUACAUUUAUCAUUGAUCUUUAAUGUUUUGUCAUUUCUACCCUAGCAGUUACCAAAAGGAAAAAAGCCCCUUUCUUAUUCCAUAGUAAGUACUAUCUUUAUCAAAAGUAACAAAUAUUAUUUCCAGAAAAUAGUAUAUCAUAUUAUCUGAUAAUCUUUAAUGUCAUCUAUUGCAUUUCUUAUCAACUAAACCAAAAGUGAAUCAAUCUCUUAUAUUUCACAAUCCACAUAUUCCCCAACAUGAGAAUAGAAAACUGAACAUAUGCUCAUUCAUUUCCACCAAAUGAAAACCUCUGUCAAGAUUGAGCCGCUUUGCUUCUUUCAAACCUUAACACUUUUCAAUUUGCCAAUGAACUGGAGGAAUGGAAGGGGGAAAUAGAAUGCUGAAAAUGUGUGUGUGGACCGUGAGAGCCUGGCAACCGUCAAGGUCACCAAUGCAGGCGCUUGAGAAAGAGAUGGACUGUUCCCAUUAUAAAAGGACUUCUCAUAAUUGGACAAUGUGAUCACCCAAGGGUGAGGAGAAAAGGAAGUUGUUGUUUAUCUAAGCAAGCAUUUGCAUGGGGUAAACCAGAACUGGUUUUGAUUCUUCAGUACCAAAAUGCUGUAUCCAAUAAAGUUUUACUUUGGGAA